GCCCCUCACAGCCGUGCUGGCAGCGCUCGGGCACGGCGGGGCCCGGCGCGGGUGCCGAGGGGCGAGUGCCGCACCUGCCCUGUCCCGCGCACCUGAGAGCGAGAGCGUGUGGCGGGGAUGCUCCGCGGGAGCUCUCGGGAAGGAACGGAGGAUUGCGGUGUGUUGCCAGCUGCUCGCUCUCCUACCCUCAUCUCUUUGCUUCGCACCACAGUAGUUGUCUCUCUAUUCUUGCCACUGUUCCAGCUGUGUGGCUCUGCCGAUACCGUCCCUGUACACCAGGGCUUGCCUUCCUCCAGCUCCUUCCUAUCGAGCCUGGGAAGAAAAAACACGGAGGAGAGCAAUAUUCUGUCUUGCCAGUGGCAUCUUUUUCAGCCUCUAUGUUCUGCAGAGGUCUUGCUUUUAUUUUUCCUUGCAAAUGUCCAACAAUUUGAGAGAGAAUAUUUAUCAAGCAGAAAUUCUUUAUUACUUUUGGGUGGUUUGGUGAAGCCCCCAAGCUCCCCAAUAGGCACUGAACUUAAAGUGCAAGGCAAAUGGAACAGGCUGGGAGGGAAAAGGGGAGGAGGAAGCUUCAUUUCUUCAUGCAGAAACUGGAUGGAACAAUCCUGAGAAGGAAGGAACAGCCACACUCUUUCCGUGACAUUCUGGAGAAGGUCAUGUUCCAUUUCAGCCUGAGACACACAACUGACUCACUCUCCUGGUGUUUCUGAAGAAAAGAAAUCAGUGAUCUGUUCUAACUCUUUCUGUUCUUAGGGAAGAACACAUUUUGUGUGGUGCUCUUUUAGCUACUUACCUGCUUUGAGUUUCUACAGUGACCAGCAGUGAAGGGAAAAUAUUAGAUCAUGUCAGAGUUCUGGCUAAUUUCUGCCCCAGGAGACAAAACAAAUCUACAGGCGUGGGAGAGAAUGAACACUGUGACAUCUAAAUCCAACCUGUCCAGAAACAGUAAAUUCCAUAUUCCAGACUUAAAGGUGGGGACACUGGAUGCUCUUGUUGGUCUGUCAGAUGAGUUGGGAAAACUUGAUAGCUUUGCUGAAAGCGUCAUAAAGAAAAUAGCCCAGUACAUAGGAGAAGUUAUGGAGGACUCAAAAGAUAAAGUCCAGGAAAAUCUUCUGGCCAAUGGAGUUGACCUAAUUAGCUACUUGACACGGUUUGAGUGGGACAUGGCCAAAUACCCCAUAAAGCAGCCACUGAAGAAUAUAUCAGAAGCAUUAGCAAAGCAAGUGACUCAAAUAGAAACAGACCUGAAGACCCGAUCAGCUGCAUACAACAACAUUAAAGGAAAUUUGCAAAGCCUGGAGAAGAAAACUAUGGGAAAUCUGCUGACCCGGACCCUGGCAGACAUUGUGCACAAAGAAGACUUUGUUCUGAAUUCCGAGUAUCUUAUCACGCUGCUCGUCGUGGUGCCAAAGUCAAGCUACCUACAGUGGCAGAAGACCUAUGAAUCACUUUCAGAUAUGGUAGUACCUCGCUCCACCAAAAUGAUUGCUGAGGAUGCAGAGGGAGGACUCUUCACUGUGACCCUAUUUAGAAAAGUGAUGGAUGACUUUAAGGCUAAAGCCAGGGAGAACAGGUUCAUGGUUCGAGAAUUUUAUUAUGAUGAGAAGGAACUGAAGUGUGAAAAGGAAGAGCUGAUGAAAUUAGCUUCCGACAAGAAACAGCAAUAUGUAUGGCCUCCCUGUGAAUUUCCAAGCAAUGCUGCUGCAGCCAAACAGGAAGUCUGUGAAGCGCCUGAGAGAUGUCCUGAACAUGGUCUUCAAACACCUGGAUGAAGUUGCAGCAGCAAGUAUAAUGGAUCCUGGCAUGGACAUCCCUGGGUUACAACUGAGUAAUCAAGAAUACUACCCUUAUGUUUAUUUCAAGAUUGACCUCAGUCUUCUUGACUG